UUGAUCAAGAGCAAGAGCUUCGGUAAGAGCUUCGAUAAGGAUCCAUAAGGAUUGUAGUUUUGUUGGUUCUAUAACAAAAUCAGCUAAAAAAUCGCAUAUCCUUCACUCAUUUGUUGGGGAUACGCCUCUAUGUUGGGUUCCCUGUGUCUCGUUCCAGUUUUCACGCGAAAUCUCGAACAACCAACUCCAUCACAACAAAAUCUUUACGAUGGACGACACCGGGUUUGAUGAUAGUUCUAGCGAAGACUCUGACGUCGAGCUGCAGAAAGCCUUUGCAAGCGGUGAUUUGAAAGUCGGCUUGAACAAGCCAGCCGGAUUUAUACCACGUGCUCAGAGAGAGCCCUUCAACAAUGUGGAGGGACUCAAACGCAAGUAUGACCAGAUCUCCCAAUCUCUGGACUGGCUUGAGAGAAUGGAUGUAACACAUAAGCCUACAGCUGACGAAGAAAAUGACACUGCCAAAGAUAUUACAACUCCAGACCCCUCGGUACAUGAUGACUUCAAGAGAGAAAUGAUGUUUUACAAACAAGCCCAAGAGGCAGCUAAGCUUGGCCUUUUAAAACUUCAAAAGCUUAGGGUGUCCACAAAGAGACCGGAGGAUUACUUUGCAGAGAUGGUGAAAACAGAUGACCACAUGCAAAGGGUUAGAUCAAAACUUUUAAGCCGUCAGCAAGCCAUGGAGCGAUCUGAAAAGGCAAAGAAGCAAAGAGAAAUAAAGAAGUAUGGCAAAAAGGUCCAGCAAGAAGUCCUAGAGAAGAGGCAAAAAGAGAAAAAAGAUAUGCUUGAAGCAGUAAAGAAAUACAGAAAAGGUAAACAAGCAGCUCCAGAAUUCAUGAAAGAGGAUGAUUUUGAUGUGAAUGCAGAAUCUAAAUCAAAAGGAAAACCGCAGCAAAGAAACCAAAUCAAUCACAAAAGAAAAGCGAAAGACAAGAAGUUUGGAUUUGGUGGGAAGAAAAGGAAUAUAAAAAGGAACACCCAAAAGAGCACGUCCGAUGUUAGCUCAUUCAACUCCAGAAAACAUAGCAAGGCACCAAAACCCAACAAACCAGGGGUGAAAAGAAAAAAUCAACGGCCUGGAAAAUCAAGAAGAAAGAAAAUGAAAUCUUGAUCAGCCUGACAUGAGUUGAACUUGAUGUUCUUGGAAAUAUUUCUCUACAGUUACAUUCAAACCUUUCCAGGGAUAA